AUGGCUCAGGAUACAAGCAUGCUCGACGCCGAGGCCGUGCAGGAGAACAAACUCAUGUACGGCCAAGAUAACGAACUCGAUGCAAAGUUCCCAAACAGACCGCUAAACGUGCACAAAACUCUACCUUUCAACACACUUUUCAAAGAAAUUUUCGAUCCGCUCAUGGAGAGUGGCAAGCGAAAGCAGCCAACAGGACCGCGUCGAAGGGUGGGGCCCACAGGACAUUCGAACCUAUCGCCGCACGAAGCUCGCCGCAACAUCAUCGAAAGAUACAUCGCAAACUGGCGAAAGCAGGUGGGGAAUGACUUCUACCCAGCUAUGCGGCUUAUGAUACCGGAAAAAGACCGAGACCGGGCCAUGUAUGGUCUGAAAGAAAAGGCUAUUGCGAAGAUCUUGAUCAAACUCACUGGAAUCAACAGAGACUCUGACGAUGCGAAGCACUUGCUCAAUUGGAAGCUGCCUGGCCAGCUGCAUAAGGCCUCGGCCUCGACAGCCGGUGAUUUUGCUGGACGCUGCUACGAAGUCUUGUCAUCGCGUCCGUCAGAGCAGUCUCGUACCGAGCACAAAGACAUGUCAAUCGCUGAGGUGAACAAGACACUGGACGCGCUGUCCCAGACUGGCUUGGAGAACGAUCAACUCAAGAUUUUCCGUAGGUUCUACCGUAGAAUGGAUGCCGAGGAAAUGACAUGGCUCAUUCGCAUGAUCCUCCGACAGAUGAAGAUCGGAGCAACCGAAAAGACAAUAUUCGAUAUAUGGCACCCAGACGCUGAAAUACUAUUCAACAUCUCGUCUAACCUUCGGCGCGUGUGCUGGGAACUUUACGACCCUAAAACUCGUCUAGAGGGCGAGGACACCGGGCUCAGCUUGAUGCAGUGUUUCCAACCCCAACUGGCAGCUUUCCAAGACAAAAUGGGAUCUUUCGAAAAGAUGGUUGCGAGGAUGCAAGCUAUUUCAGGAGACGAUUCUUUCUGGAUUGAGGAGAAACUAGACGGAGAGCGUAUGCAACUUCACAUGGUGGAAGACCCAGACGCACCUGGCGGCAAGCGAUUCGGAUUCUGGUCGCGAAAAGCUAAAGACUAUGCCUAUCUCUACGGAAAGCACUUUGAUGGAGCCGAGGCCGGUGCGCUGACACGAUUUAUCAAAGAUGCAUUCCCACCAAAUGUCAAAAACAUUAUCCUCGAUGGAGAGAUGAUCACAUGGGAUAUGGAUGUAGACCACAUUGUGGGAUUUGGCACUCUCAAAACCGCAGCCAUAUCGGAGAAGGAAAAUAAGACCAACAAAGACACGGGGCAGCGACCGCUCUUCCGCGUGUUCGACUGUGUAUACUUGAAUGACAAACUUUUAACACAAUACACCCUCCGCGACCGCCGCCGUGCUCUAGAAAGCGCCGUCAAAGAUGUUCCUCGUCGCCUGGAAGUUCAUGACUACACUGAGGCACGGUCGCACACCGACAUCGAACCAGCAUUACGCAAGGUGGUCGCCGAGUCGUCAGAAGGUCUGGUGCUGAAGAAUCCACGCUCAAUGUACCGUCUUAACCAGCGCAACAAUGAUUGGAUGAAAGUCAAGCCAGAGUACAUGUCUGAGUUUGGAGAAUCGCUCGACUGCAUCGUUGUCGGUGGGUAUUUUGGCUCUGGGCACCGCGGCGGCGUUCACUCAUCCUUCCUGUGCGGACUCAUCGUCAGGAAAGACGUCAACGCUGAAGACCCAGAUUACCAAAAGUGUUUAUCCUUCUUCAAGGUCGGCGGGGGCUUCAGUCGCGAGGACUACGCAGCUGUACGUGGUCGCACCGAAGGCAAAUGGAAAGACUGGGAUCCUCGACGACCACCCCCUAUCGUCGAACUGGGCGGCCAUCUAGAGAAUCGCCAGCACGAACGACCAGACCAAUGGAUCCACCCUAGCGACUCGGUCGUUCUAGAAUGCAAAGCCGCAAGUGUUGAAGGUAGCGACAAAUUCCGCAUGGGUGUAACGCUCCGUUUCCCACGCUUCAAGCAGCUUCGCAUAGACAAGCGCUGGGACCAAGCACUCUCCAUCUCAGAAUGGGAAGAGCUGCGCCACUCGGUGCAGCGCUCGCACGAAGAAAAGGAACAAGACUUCAAGAUCGAACAAUCGCGACGGAAACGGGCUCGCACAACCAAGAAACCGCUUACCGUAGCUGGCAACGACACGGCGAUUACGCCCUACGCAGGUCCAGCGUCAAACCUUUUUGCCGGCCUGACGUUCUAUGUCCUCACAGACCAACUACACCCCGUCAAGACGUCCAAGGCAGAUCUCGAGGCCAUCGUCAAGGCGCAUGGCGCCAAAAUCGUACAACGCGACUCGACGGAUCCUGCCCUCGUCAUCGUCGCAGACAAGCGCCUGAUCAAAGUCGCGGCCCUCGAAAAGCGCAAUGCGAAUAACAUUGUCAAACCAGUGUGGAUACAAGACUGCAUCGCGCAGAGUGAAGCCGACGACGGCGCGCUACCGUAUCUACUUCCGUUCGAACCGAACCGCCAUUUGUUCCAUCUUCUAGACAAGGAUCUGGAGGAGUACGAGGCGAACGUCGAUGAGAGCGGGGAUGCGUAUGCAAGGGAUAUCGGCGAUGCGGAGGGGAUGCGCAAACUCCUUGAGGGUAUGGAGAGACCUACGGCGCAGGCGACGUUUGAUCGCGAUGCCUUUUUGCAACAGCUCGAGGGCCAUGGGGAGAUGUUCACGGAGCUGAAGAGCUACAUGUUUAGUACUUUACGGGUUGCUUUCCGCGAGGGAGGUCCAAGCAAUGCUGCUUGGGCGCUGAGAGCGCAGAUGGCGCGGAAUUAUGUGGGCUUUGGGGGCGGAGUGGUUGUUGGAGGGGAGCAUGAGCAGGGCAUCACGCAUGUCGUUGUGCCGGAUGGGCAGGUGGCUUCGAGCAGUGGUCGAGUGGCUGUUGCUGGGCUGGCUAGGACGGUGGGGGUUGGAUGGGUAGAAAAGUGCUGGGAUGAGGGGACACGGGUUGAUGAGGAGAGGUUUCAGUGGGGAUGA